AUGGUUUUAUUGCAGGUAAUAAGGAAGACACGUAUGAAAGAUCGGGAAAUAAGAGUACUUGUACUUGGGUUAGAUAAUGCUGGUAAGACUACGUUUGUUCGAAAAUUUGCUGGUGAAGACGUGUCUAUUAUACAGCCUACAUUAGGAUUCAAUAUUAAAACACUUGUAUAUGGUUCUUAUCGUCUAAAUACUUGGGAUAUUGGUGGACAAAAAACUAUUAGGAGUUAUUGGAGAAAUUAUUUUGAGUGCACAGAUGGAAUAAUUUGGGUGGUAGACUCUACUAAUUUAGAGAGAUUUGACACAUGUAGUAAUGAACUUCAACAAUUGCUAGUAGAAGAAAGAUUAUCUGGAGUUUCCUUGUUAGUUCUAGCUAAUAAACAAGAUCUGCCAAAUGCCUUGAAUGUAGAAGAAAUAUCACAGGCACUGAAUCUAGAAAGCAUUAAAUCUAGAAAUUGGAGAAUUCAACCUUGUUGUGCAGUUCAAGGAGAUGGAUUAAAUGAGGGUAUAGAAUGGAUUGUUAAUGAUAUAGCUACGAGAAUAUUUUCAACUAAGUCAUCUAAAUAG